UUAUUACGAUUCUGCCGAAACGACGACGGAUGUCACGGAAAGCUGGGCUACUGAAAUGCCGGAUGAAGUUGAAGCCAUGGAUCGACAGUUGAAUUGCACCGCAUGCAAAUGCGGCAACCACGACCCGCUGGCAAAGAUCGUCGGAGGUUCCCCCAGCAAGGAAAAUGCCUACCCCUGGAUGGCCGCCCUGUACUACAACAAUCGCUUCAGUUGCGGCGGUUCGCUGGUAACGGACCGGUACGUCCUGACCGCAGCCCACUGCGUCUUCCGGCUGAGUCCGGCCCGCUUCCGGGUACAGCUGGCGGUGUACAACCGCACCCAACCGUCGUCCAACUCCGUUGAACGAAGCGUCAAGUCCAUCAAGACGUUCUUCUAUAGUGGACUGACGAAUAACAACGAUAUUGCGCUGAUGGAGCUGACAUUUCCGGUGACGAUCAGCGCCGAUCGCCUGGUACCGGUUUGUUUGCCCCAGCCGAACGAUAACGUGUACGAUGGGAAAAUGGCCAUCGUUACGGGAUGGGGCAAAACGUCACUAGGAGGGCUGUCGGAUGUGCUGCAAGAGCUGAAGGUGCCCAUUUUGACCAAUGCCAAGUGUCGAAGGACGAGCUACUGGGCCUUUCAAAUCACCAAUAAGAUGCUUUGCGCUGGGUACGUGGAAGGUGGACGGGAUUCUUGCCAGGGAGACAGCGGUGGACCUCUUCAGGUGUACAACAACAGCACGCUUCGUUACGAACUGGUGGGAAUCGUUUCCUGGGGACGAGCUUGCGCCCAGAAGAACUACCCCGGGGUUUACACCCGAGUCAACAAGUUCCUCCGCUGGAUCAAUAACAACGUUAAGGAUUCGUGCAUCUGUAGCUAGAAACGGGUGGAGUGAACUCGAAGUUUCA